AUGAGCAACACAGGGGUCCGGUGGACCGCCACAGCCCAGAAUCCCAAAAAGCAGCUAAAAUUGGACUUCUUCAUCCACGCCGUAAAUCUCGCAAUCUUCUUCGACGCCUUCAUGAAGCUGCCAUAUCUUAGUGGUAAGAACAAAGCGCGUCUUCUCGAAAUGAAAGGACGAACGGACAUUCUAAUCUGGGCAUCCCGCAACAUGCCGGAUCCCCAGGUGGACGACAUCCUGAACUACCCGAUCCACUUGGGAUGGCCGGAAGUCUUCGCGCAGAGUUACAAGCAUCCUAGCGAUGAUGGGCAUUUGGCUAAAUUUGUCCGCGCAGUAGCCUAUGCUGAGAAGUUGUGUCGUCCGUAUGAGAAGGAGGCGGAGAAGAGAGGUCUUCGCGUUACGGGGGAUAUGUGGUUGAAGAUUGGUAAUCUCGCUGUCGACACCGUGGGAACGAUAUUUAGUGACUUAUGGGUGCGAGGCGCCGGGUUUUCCGAGCCUUGGGAAAAGUUUGGCCCAAGAAAGUAG